CAAAAAAUCCCGACGCCGUUCGUCUGUCAUCGGGGCCAGCAUUCGCUUGUUUACCUGCUCGCCGCCGUUGAUAAAGGAUCCUGCGAAUGAGCCUUCCCCGAGGAUUUGUCCAUUCAUAAUAGGCUGGCACUGUUUGAUUUGGUCGUGAAAUCCGCCUGCAAAAAGAUGAGCACUGCGCCAGGUAAUAAUCCGAGGACAUUGUCGGACCAGAUCUGCCGGCCAAAGUUGGAUUGUUCGUCAUCGUCCGAGGAGGAGGAAGGUUACGUGUCCCCGUACUGCUGUUCCAGUGACGAUGAGCACGAUCAGAGGAACCGCGAUUUGCUGGAUGAAAUGCCGGCCUUUUCCACCCGUUCUCCGUCCGGGCGGUCACUGUCUCCGAUUGACCUGGAGCCAGAUUCGCCACCGGGAAGCUUUCGCAACUCUUACGCUUUCGAUACGCCAACCGAAAGUCCGGGGCCGGGCCACGGGUUCGUUUCACUGGAGGAAAUUAACGCCCGCAUCGGACUCACGCCACCCGACUCGGAACGAAGCCGCUCCCGGCUAAACCUGGAGACCAUUUUCGAGGACAAAUUCCUGGAGACACCGCCGAAGAAGGGCUUCGAGUCUCGUACCGGUAACAACCUGCUGCGACGAUCGCUGCGGAAUCGGGUGCUGUUUGGUGGCGGGUCGGGUCCGGGAAGCUCGCCGGCCACUCCGGAUCGGGACCUGGACGCAGCAGCAGCAAAGAAAAAGACCUCCGCCGGAAUCGUCGACAGCCUGAGCGACCAGUUUGAUAGCAAGUGUACAUUCUCGCUAGAUUAGAUAAAUGAAAAAGUAAAAUAGCCUUUUGUAUGUGCCUUUUUGUAGUCCGAUCGUAUGAAUUGUUGGACGUUUAAUUUUUUCUCUAUAAAUAUUUGUCUAAAUUCAAACAACCAAAAUAAAGACUGUUUGAAACGUUA